UUUCAAGUUUGCCCGAAAUGUCUAACCUCAAAACGGUACGCAUCACCAAACAAAAGUCAUUCGUCAUUGUGUUAGCAUUUCAAGCAAAUUACAUUUCGUGUUUGACGAAUUCGAUCGAGAAAGAACACUUUAUUCAAUAAGAGUUGAUUAAAGAAAAGGUUUGCACGUGAAAAUAUUGAUAAAUUCUUUUUGCAUUAAAAAUUCAAUUGGAACGUUAGCACGAUGGCUGGAACAUUAGAAGAUAAAUCGAUUUGGGAAGAGGAGGAAACAUUGGGUGAAGAAGUUUUGCGUAUGCCAACCGAUGAGAUUGUUAGCCGCACUCGUUUGAUGGACAAUGAAAUCAAAAUCAUGAAAAGUGAAUUGAUGCGAAUCACACACGAACUUCAAACACAGAAUGAGAAAAUCAAGGAUAAUGCCGAAAAGAUUAAAGUGAAUAAAACAUUGCCGUACCUUGUGUCGAAUGUCAUUGAAUUGCUGGAUGUUGAACAAGAGGAAGAGGAUGAUGGAGCCGUUCUAGUGCUUGACAAUCAACGAAAGGGAAAAUGUGCUGUCAUCAAAACAUCUACCAGACAAACGUAUUUCUUGCCGGUCAUUGGUCUUGUUGAUCCGGAAAAAUUGAAACCAGGCGAUUUGGUUGGUGUAAACAAAGAUUCAUACUUGAUUCUGGAGACAUUGCCUGCCGAAUACGAUGCUCGAGUCAAAGCAAUGGAAGUGGAUGAACGGCCAACUGAACAAUAUUCCGAUAUUGGUGGUUUGGAUAAGCAAAUCCAAGAGUUGAUCGAAGCCGUUGUACUGCCGAUGACACACAAAGAUAGAUUCAAAAAUCUGGGCAUUCAUCCACCGAAGGGUGUCUUAUUGUAUGGUCCACCGGGAACGGGAAAAACAUUAUUGGCCCGUGCUUGUGCCGCCCAAACAAAAUCAACAUUUUUGAAAUUGGCCGGACCACAAUUGGUGCAGAUGUUUAUUGGUGAUGGUGCAAAAUUGGUUCGUGAUGCCUUUGCAUUGGCCAAAGAAAAGGCACCGGCCAUCAUUUUCAUCGAUGAAUUGGACGCCAUCGGAACGAAGCGUUUCGAUUCGGAAAAGGCUGGUGAUCGUGAAGUACAACGUACCAUGUUGGAGCUGCUCAAUCAAUUGGACGGCUUCAGUUCAACGGCUGACAUCAAAGUCAUUGCAGCUACGAAUCGUGUUGAUAUUUUGGAUCCAGCUUUGUUGCGUAGUGGUCGUUUGGAUCGUAAAAUCGAGUUUCCGCAUCCAAAUGAAGAGGCUCGUGCUCGUAUCAUGCAAAUCCACUCGCGUAAAAUGAACGUCAGCCCUGAAGUAAACUUUGACGAAUUGUCACGAUCCACAGAUGAUUUCAACGGUGCCCAAUGCAAGGCCGUUUGCGUUGAGGCUGGUAUGAUUGCACUCCGUCGCUCUGCCACAUCGGUUACACACGAAGACUUCAUGGACGCUAUUAUGGAAGUACAGGCCAAGAAGAAAGCCAAUCUCAACUAUUAUGCAUAGAUGAAAUCAUUUCUUUUUUUUCUACUAGCCGUACCAUAAUAAUCUUCAUUUGUUUAACAACACUACUGAUAAACAAACAUAUAAUAUUUUUCAAAGAAAAACGCUGAGUUUAAUAAAAAAAAAAAGUAAAUAAAACAAAUUCGAUUACAGUUUACAAAAAAAA